AUGAACAAAGAAAUGGAUAUCAAGUUACAGGCUGACGCAUCAUCCGACCACGAUGUGCAAAUGGGCAACUUCACUGUUGACCCUGCGCGUGAAAAAAGACUGCUAUGGAAGCUUGAUCUGUGUAUUUGUCCAUUGGUGAUGCUCAUUUUCUUGGUCGCAUACCUUGAUCGCAGUAACUUAGGAAAUGCAGCCGUCGCGGGGAUGCCGGAAGUGAGCUCCCCCUCUCAACUCAUCUUCAGUUCUUUGCUAACGACAUUUCAAGAUGCCGUCUCAUUAUUUUACGCAACUUACGUUUUCUUCGAGAUUCCAUUCUCAAUGCUCCUCAAAAAGCUACGACCGAACAGAUUGAUUGCGGCAUUGAUCAUGGGUUUCAGCGCAUCCAUCAUUGCGGCUGGAUUUAUCAAGAAUGUUGCCGGACUUUACAUCACCCGGCUUCUGUUGGGUGUAUUCGAGAGUGGUCUUUUCCCAUGCUUGACUGUUCUCCUAACUACUUUCUACAAACGCGAGGAGCAAGCGCAGAGAAUUUCGUACCUUUUUGUUUCAGCGGCUCUGAGUGGAGGCUUUGGUGGUCUGCUCGCUUUUGGGUUGAUUCGCCUAGAUGGUGCGAGCGGUCUAGAAGGUUGGAGGUGGCUGUUCAUUGUUGAGGGCCUCAUGACUGCUGUUGUCGGGAUUGCCACCUUCUUCCUACUUCCAAAUGACUUUGAGACAGCAUACUUCUUGAACGAAGAAGAUAGGAUACUAAUGCGUCUGCGUCUGCAGCAAUCUGCAAGAUAUGUCGAGACAGAAGAGUUCGAUAUCAAGGAGGUUUGGAAAACACUACGAGAUCCGAAGACUUGGCUCACCUCUUUUAACCAAAUUUGUGUCAACAUUUGCUCUUUCGGCUUCAGCACUUUCUUGCCUACAAUCAUCCGAGGUUUUGGCUAUGAUUCAGUGAAAACCCAGCUACUCACCGUCCCUGUUUAUAUCUGGGCCUCCGCUUUCUACUUGGUGAUCGCCAACCUCUCCGACCGAGUACGAAUGAGAGCUGCAUUUAUAACCCCACUCUGUCUGGUUAGCGCUGUGGGUUAUGCCAUGCUUCUGGGGGUGGAUGUCCAUGCACGCGGUCCAUUAUACUUUGCAACAUACGUCUGUGUUACUGGUAUCUACGCUACAGUUGGACUCGGCGUUAGCUGGAAUGCGAACAGUCAUUCCGGUUAUUACAAGCGUGCGAUGGCGGUGGGUGUGCAGCAAUCGAUCGGGAAUUGUGCCGGAUUGAUUGCAGGCCAAAUCUACAAGUCUGAGGUAAAUGGACGGUAUUUGGUUGGCCAUUCUGUUUCCCUAGCCGCGAUUUGCCUUGCAUUCUUCGGAAAUGCGGGCAUGUGGGCACUGUUGCGGUACCAUAACCGACGACGAUCCCAGAUGUCACCCGAUGAGAGAGAUCGCAUUGUCAAUACGGGUUCGUAUGAAAAGCGAGGCGGGGACUUCCAUCCGGAUUUUCGCUACAUUCUAUAA